AUGACAAAAAUAUAAAUAAAAAUAUCAACUUAUAAAAUCACAUAGUACAGGAUCCAGAACUUCAUUUUGUCUUAUAAUUGUGUGUGGUGUGUUACAAAAUAGAGUGGAUGAGAGUAUGGAGCUUGUACAAGCAAAUUUGUUCUGUGCCAGCAACCAACGUGACCCCAUUCUUGGCAUUCGAUAUAAACAAUUUACUUCAACUCUGCAGCAAUUCCAAAACAAUACACCAAACCAAACAAACCCAUCAACAAAUUAUCGUAAGUGAUCAAAGCCGCAACGCAUUCAUAAUCACCAAAUUGAUACAAGUUUAUGCUGAUCGCGACGAUAUUAAAUCUGCCCAUAACCUGUUCGACAAAUUGUCUCAAAGAAAUGUGUUUGCUUGGACAGCCAUAAUAUCAUAUUUUUCGCGUAACCGAUUAAUUGAAGAAUGUAUAAGUACUUAUAAGGAGAUGAAACUAGAUGGAAUUUUACCUGAUGGGUAUGUGUUUCCUCAAGUACUGAGAGUUUGUGCUAAGUUUUCGAGCUCGGGGAUUGGGGUACAAGUGCAUAGAGAUGUAGUUGUAUGUGGUGUAGAAUGGAAUGUCCAAGUUAGUCAUUCUUUAAUUGAUAUGUAUUCAAAAUGUGGUGAUAUUAUGAGUGCUAAACGGAUAUUUGAUUCAAUGCAAGAAAAAGAUUUGCUUUCGUGGAAUUUGAUAAUUUCAGGAUAUGUAUGUAAUGAGUUUCUUGAUUUGGCUGUUGAGAUGUUGGAGCAUAUCAGUAUGGAAGGUUUUCAACCAGAUGUAGUAACUUUGAACACAGUGAUGGAUGCUUAUUGUCGCAUGGGUCAAUGCGAUGAGGCUAGGAAAAUAUUUGUUUUAAUCAAAGAACCGAGUAUAAUAUCAUGGACGACUUUGAUAUCGGGCUAUUCAAGAAUUGGAAAUCAUGGUAGUGCGUUGGAUACGUUUAGGGAGAUGAUAAAUAGGAGAGAAGUUUGGCCUGACCUAUAUUGUCUCUCUAGUAUACUUGCAUCGUGCCAGCUUAUUGGGGAUUUAAGGAGUGCCCAGGAGAUUCAUGCACAUGGGAUUAAACUAGAAUCACCUUUUGCCUUUCACAGAUCUUCUGGACCUGCAUUGCUGACUCUAUAUGCUAAAUGUGGGAGGAUUCAGGAUGCAAGGCAUGUUUUUGAGUUGAUGGAUAGAACGGACGUUGUUGCUUGGAAUUCCAUGAUUCAUGGUUUUGCUGAACUAGGGAUGAAAGACUCGGCUGUGGAUUAUUUCAAGGAAAUGCUGACUAUAGGAAUCAAGAUUAACGAGAUCACACUUUUAAUUGUUUUGUCAGUUUGUGACAUCAAAUACGGGAAACAGAUUCAUGCAUAUAUAUCUCGGAGCAGUUUUUGGGACGUCACUCCCAUUUGGAAUGCACUUAUUUACAUGUAUUCAAAAUGUGGGUGCAUUGGAAAUGCUUUAUCUGUAUUUUCUCAUUUGGCUCAUAAAGAUAUAGUGUCAUGGAAUACAAUAAUUGGUGGGUUGGGAAUGCAUGGUUUGGGCCAAGAUGCCCUGCAUCUACUGGAACAAAUGAGUCAUUCUGGCGUUCAACCAAACACUUUGACAUUCACUUCAGUGCUUUCAGCAUGCAGUCAUUCAGGACUUGUUGAUGAGGGGUUAGAUAUUUUCCACAGAAUGGAGGAAUUUGGAGUGAACCCCAGAAUGGAACAUCUUACUUGUGUUGUUGAUUUACUAACACGAGCUGGUCGUCUUGAAGAUGCCACAAAUUUUAUAGGGAAAAUGUCUGUUCAGCCGAACAAGCAUAUAUGGGGUUCUUUACUUGCUGCUGCUUUAGCACACCAAAAAGUGAGCAUUGGAGUUCUUGCUUCGGAGAAUUUAGUCGAGUUGGAACCUGAUAAUCCUGGACACUAUGUAACACUGUCAAAUUUAUAUACUAAAGCUGGAAGAAUAAGUGAUGCUCUUGCAGUGCGAAAACUAAUGGAGACUAAGGGAUUGGUAAAGGGUUCUGGUUGUAGCUGGAUAGUGGAUGGAAAUUGAGAACAGAAAAAGAGAUGUACUAGAUAUUUUGAAGGUUCAGGUAAGUUAUAGCUGCUAAAAUUUUGCCUGUCCUUGAUAAGUAUUUACUAUAUUUACCAUGAAGACUUGACUAAGUUUAUCUUGCUGCCUUCUAUGUUGUGGUUAUAUAGUUUCACUUAGUCAUCCGUGUGACUUGGAAGCUAUGGUUGUUACUGAAUUUGGAACUCCGGACCAAAAUAAGUUAUUUUUUAAAUAAAUUCACCAAAGUAAUAUGUUUUUUUUGAAACUUUCCCAAACUACUAAAAAACUUGUUCUCAGUAACGUAUUAUGCUUUAAAAAAAAGUUAAAGAAUCAAAAAAAGUUGUGGAUGAUGUUAAAAUAGAAAUCGUUAUUGUCAGACACAUUUUUGGCAUAAAACGUUACUGUGAGUAACGAGAUUCUACAACUCUAUCACAUCAGAAUUUUUGUGCAACUCUGAUGCUAAAUUCGUUACUGUCAAUUACGUUUUAGCUUUAAAACGUUACUUCGAGUAACGUUACUCCGAGUAACUCAAAACUCUGACGUCACGGAGUUUUGAGUUGAUUUGAUAGUAUUGUUACUCGGAGUAACGUUUUAAAGCUAAAACAUAAUUGGUAGUAACGAAUUUAACGUCAGAUUUAUACAAAAAUUCUGAUGUGGCAGAGUUGCAGAGUCUCGUUACUCACAGUAACGUUUUAUGUCAAAAACGUUACUGACAGUAACGAUUCCUAUUUUAACGUCAUCUUUUUGGUCCGUUAACUUUUUUUAAAGUAUAAUACGUUACUGAGAACAAGCUUUAUAGUAGUUUGGGAAAGUUUCAAAAAAAAUAUUACUUUGGUGAAUUCAUUUAAAAAAUGACUUAUUUUGAUCCAGGGAUUCUGAAUUUGGGAGCCAACUGUUGCAAAGAGUGUAUGAAGUUUCGAACUCAAUGACAUAAUUCUUGACUUUUCAGUUGUAGAAUCACGAACUCCAUGUCUCUUUCUUUGAGUUCUCAGUUGUUGAACCACGAACUUCAUGGAAAAAUCCUUGAAUCUCAGUUAUAAAACCAUAAACUUCAUGAUCAUACCUUGAGUUUGAAAAAAAUCUCUAAAUGUGAAACUUCAACACAAAAAUUCCGAUGUUCAAAAAUUUUACAAGUAAAACUCUAGUAAAGUGCAACAGAGUUCUCUUAAGUUUCAUACCUUUUUAAAGAAAAAGCUUGCAUUUUCAAAGAUAACUGAUAUGCAAUUAGAAACGCCUACUAAGAUUUGUGGUUGUGACUAAAAUUUUCUAAUUUUGAGUGAAAUUUAAGAUUUUAACAUUUUUUUCUUGAAAUUGCUUCAGGUCCUAGAUAUUUUAAAGGUAAAGGUAAGUUAUAGAUGCUAAAAUUUUGCCUGUCCUUUGUAAGUAUACUAGCAGGGGCCCAACGUGAUGUAUGUAAAUAAAAUUAGAUAUAAUGCAUUUAUGUGUAGAACAAACUAUUUACUUUAUAGUAUUUAUCACGGAGUCAAGUUUUAUAUAUAAUUUUCAGAUAAUAUAUUUUCGUCUCAA